GAUCCUGGCGGGACUAUUUUCAAUAUCACUGAUAUUAUUUUUUCUUUUUCUCUAUUCCGGCUUGCCAUAGAGCCAUGGCUGGACUCACAGCAGCGUUGAGCGUCCACAGAACAUUAGCGUCGACAUGCCCAAGAAAGGGAACCGAAAACGGCUGAAAUUUAGGGCUGGGGACGUUUGCUCGGAAUCAGUGACUGUAGCUGAUUAUGCUGAUGCUGAUCCAGCCGUUGUCAAGUCAGGUCGAGUGAAAAAGUCUUUCGCAAAUGCAGUUGAAAAAGAAGUCAAAUUGCUCUGCGGCCUGGAAGCAUCCCAGGGUGCUGUGGAAGAUGUCCUCUCAUCUGCGGAAACUAUCAAAAUAGAUGGUUUGGAGAGCAUUGAUGACUUAGACAUCGAGGAAGAUGGUGACAAUGAUUCUAAAAUGGUCCACAAGAAAAAGAACAAGAGGAGAAAAGAGAGCAGUGAUGGGAAGGAGUACCCAGUGGACAUCUGGCUGGUGCUUUCUUCUUAUAUUAGGCCCGAAGAUGUGUGCAGAUUCUCACUAAUCUGUAGAAAUGCCUGGAUGGUCACAUGCACUGCAGUAUUUUGGACCAGGCUAUACAGAAGACAUUACCGAGUGGAUGUUGACCUGCCCUUUCGUCUCCAGCCCGACUGCAUUGACAAGACGUGCCGUCUCAGAGCCCGUGUGAUUCGCUCGCUUUUUUAUUUGUAUGAGCCGUUCAGCGCGCGUGCCUCCAAAAUCCCAACCCUGCCAGAAUUUACACCCACAACCUUGCUCAAUUCCAAGUGUGUAUUGUUCUGGGUAAUAAAAGUGACUGGGACUCGACCGGAAGGAUUGUGGGAAUUCAACUUCAAGUUUUUAAAACAGGGACACACCAAAAAGGGUCGUGCCAAGUCCCUGCACAUGCCCAAACAGUACGAAGACGUCCAUGCAAAUCCAGACUCGAACAGUUACUUGCUUCAGGUGUCAACAUUCAACUUCAUCUUCACCCCGGUGGUCAUGGGCAUGAAUCUUUCCCUGUUCACAAUCAAUGUCAGCACGGACCACCACCGCGUUCGACUGGUGUUUCAGGACUCUGUGGCUCUGAGAGGCAAGAAGAGAGUGGAUAAUGGUGGGAUGCAGGUAGUGUUGGAUCCUGUACACAGUGUGAGGCUCAUGGAUUGGUGGCAUCCACGGUACCCUUUGUCGCAGUGAACAUCACACAAACAAUCCUGACAGUUAUCGCCCUGCUUGCCCAAGAGAAAUUUAAUCUGACCCCUGAUUAUAGUGUCAAAUAGAACGUCAAACUAUGUUAUUGCGUGCACACUCUUUAUUUCUUUAAAGCCUCUACAGCAGGGGUGUCCAAACUACGGCCUGCGAGACGUCACAAUAUAGAAUCUGUCACACAGCACAGGGUGCUUCCAACUUACCGUAAUUAUAAACAUGACAGUACAAUUGCUAGAAUUUUGUCACCAUCUUGUGGUCAUCAUGAGUAAUUCAGGUGACUGACCAUGAAUUGCACGUUCAAGUUUAUACAGCAGAGCAUUUUUAUAUAUAACCCAAUCAAAACAACCUUUCCCACUCAUAGCGUAAAUAAACUAACAGAAAAAGUCAACACACAUGGUCUCACAUAAUACAACUUGCUCACUGAAGUUUGUGGAUAUUAUAAAACAUGUCCAAGCGCAACACAUAAUUUAAAAUUACACCCAUUUAUUUAAUCCCCUGCAAUGCAUGAUGGGGAAAAUGCAAAACACUCUUUAAACACUUAUCAAUUUUUGGCGCAUUUCAGCUUCUUAAUAUUUGUGAUUGAUUACAAAACAUUUAGGAGGUUGUCACAGAAGUAAACAAGGUAGUAGUCGAACUUUCACAUACUCUUAAUAUACAAUUAUAUACAUUAAUAAUUCAAUAUAUAUAUAUUAAUAUAAUAUGUGUAUUUACAUAUAUAUUAAAUAAAUAUGUGUAUAUAUAUUUUGGGGAGAUGUUUAAGGCACGUCCGACCAGUAGGAGACCACAGGAAAGACCCAGUACACGAUGAAGAAACUAUACUAUGUCUCCCAGCUGGCCUGGGAACGCCUAGGGAUUCCCCACGAAGAGCUGGACAAAGUAACUGAGGAGAGGGAAGUCUGGGCUUCUCUGCUUAGGUUGCUGCACCCGCGACCCGACUUCGGAUAAGCGGAAGAAGAUGGAUAUAUAUGUAUAUGUAUAUAUAUAUAUAUAUAUAUAUAUAUAUAUAUAUAUAUAUAUAUAUAUGUAAAUAU